AGUGUUCUCUCUGACGUGUGUGCGUCAAACAAGUCUUUUGGUAUUCAACCUCUCUUAUUCAUUUACGUAGUUUCCUCUCCCAAACGAGAGAGCAGACGGACAAAAAAAAAGAGAAAGAAGAACGAUCGCGGUGAGAUUCAUCGGCACGUAAACAAAUAGGCCAAAAAGGAAAAAAAAUUGGUCAAAGCGAAAGGUGGACGAAGAGUGCGUGAAGUUUGAUCGUUUGGGUAAACAAAGAAUUGCGGUUUGGUCAAUAGCACCAAAAAACGACGCAGAGAGAGGAAAACACCUUCGUUGGUAAUCACUUAGUCUCAUUAUUAUUAUUAUUACCGUUUUCUGUGUGCUCUCUGAAGCUGCGGUCAGCUUCUCCGAAACGCUAAAAAGCUUUUCUGUGUACUUGCUCGAGGCCGCUUCCAUUUCUGAAUACCACACACAUCAGAAAAGCUUUAUUUAUUACUAUUGCUAUUAUUAUUGUUAUUGUUAUUUUAAUUCGAUCUUCCUGCUUUUCCAUUCGUCUCCCCCUGGUGCAGCUGGUGACCUUCUGCUUUCUACCUUGCAGUAUUGUCGUAGAGCAAGGAAGAAGAGACAAGAGGCGGAGCAUCCGUUGCUGCUCGCUCUCUGCUGUUUUGCACAGGUACAGCAAACAGACAAAAGAAGAACAACAUCAACAAAAAGCAGGCGCUUGAUCUCUGAACCGCCACAAUUUGAGACGGGAGAGAAACGCACGUGCGGGUUUUUCUUUCUUUUUUGCCCCCUUGAAGUACGUUCAUAAAUUGUGGCCUAGGUGCGCCAUCAUCAGUUGUACGUCUCCGUGAAGAACAGAGUGGCUGAACAUUAGGCACGUUGUUUAAUCUGUGAGGAGCCUAUCGAUCGCGAAGCUCUUAAGCCUCGCAGGCCUCUUUUCUUUCGCUUGCGGUGGUUUCUCUACUUUUGUUUUAUUUGUUUUUACCUUUCUUCACUCCGUAGGACUGAAGUACUGAAGAGAAGAGGCGCUUUUUGUUUUAUUUCUGCUUCUUUCGGUAAUAUAUUUAACCCCUUUCUAAGCAACGGCUGCAGAAGUGUUAUUAUUAUUAUUAUUUUCUGAACUCUCUCUUGCCUGUGUGUUAUUCUUGCUUGUUUGUUUGGGGCGUUGAUAGUGGCGGCAUAUUAACGUCGUUGUGGACCUUCUUAACUCUUUUUUAUUGUUAUUGUCGUGUUCUUUCACGUGAAGCGGUUUCACUUAAGAUUGCAUUUUGCUGUGGUGGCGAGUAGCGACGGGUGUAUCUGUUGGGAUUUAUCGCAAAGGCGGCUCCGCUUGAAGUGAAUUUUUUUCCCUUGUGCUUUACUUCCGCUUAUACAUAGUUCUGUUUUAUUGUUGAAGUGUUUGUGGCUGCGUCAGCCCACGCAAGACUGUGUUCGUAUAAAAAGAAAAGAAGAACCAGCUGCUUUCGGUGGAGAGAGAAAAACUUCUUUCUCGUUCGUGGAAGAAAGCACGCACACACACACACACAACAAUACACAUUAGCGGGCACAUGGAGUGUGCUGCUGCCCCACAGCAACACCAGCAGUCGUCGCCGCUGGUGCCGCCAGCGGAGCCAUCCACUGGAAGUGGCGAGCCCCACCAUCACUACGUGAACCCACUCGUGUCCAACUUUCCUGCGGUUGUGGGGCCGAAGCUGCCGUGCAAGUACCGCGUCCGCCGCGCCAUCGGUCGUGGGGCCUUCUCCACUGUUUGGCUUUUAAUCAACAACGAAACCGGCGAGACGGUGGUGGGUAAGCUGUCCGACACGACGCACGCCUCCAGCGCGAACCGGGCCUUUGCGUGGGCGGAGGUGGAGAACAUGCGCUGUUGCCACCACCCCAACAUCAUCACCCUCAUCGAGACCUACGAGGCGAACCAAAUCGAGCUCUACAUUCUCGAGUACGCGAACGCGGGUGACCUGCAGACGCAAGUGGACACGCGUGCCCAGCCGCCGGCGAACACGAACAAUGGUGCGCCGAUCCCCUACCGCGAGGAGGAGGUGCUUGUCAUCUUUGCGCAGCUGUGCCUCGCCAUUCGCUACCUGCACGACCGCCGCAUCAUGCACCGCGAUCUUAAAACCCCCAAUGUGCUGCUGACGCGCAGAGGGCUUAUCAAGCUGGGCGACUUCGGCUUCUCGCGGCAGUACCAGGAGAGUGUGUCGGGCGAGGUGGGCAACACGUUUUGCGGCACACCCUACUACCUCGCCCCGGAGUUGUGGCAGCGGCAGUCGUACAGCUACAAGGCGGACAUCUGGUCUUUGGGGGUCAUCAUCUACGAACUGCUAGCGCUGCGAAAGCCGUUUCAGGCGACGAAUCUGUCCGAGUUGAUGGAAAUGGUGACACGGCAAAGUAGCUUCGAGCCGCUGCCGGCCGAUCGCUACUCCUGCGAGCUGAUUCAAUUAGUCAACCAAAUGCUGAGCGUGGACCCCAACAAGCGCCCAUCGGUGUGCGAGAUCUUGGCCUCUCCGCUCUUUCAGCAGAAGGCGUUGCCCAUCUUAAAGAUCAAUAUUCGCCGUAUUAAGAACCUAGAGGACGCCGUGCAAAGUCAGUUGGUGAAGGAUGUGGAUGCGGUACUACGCGACACACAGAACGAUGCGUCUGAGCCGAACAGCGGAUAA